UUUUUUCUUAACGCCUGGCUGCAGAAGGCGAGCCAAUGGAAGAUCCCGCGCAACAGCUCGAGCUGAUUACAGCAAACUUUUUGGGGGAUGACGAAAAAGUCCAUACUAAUCUACCUUGGAUCUUAAACCUCUUGACGAAUAAUGAUCUGCUUUGGCGACUCCACCAUGUAGCGGAGGAGGCCAACGACCUGAAUAACCUAACCAAAGGCUCUCUUGCAACGCGAGCAAUCUCCGCACUACAUAAAUGGUCGGUACGGCUCAGCAGUCUAUUGUCCUCAAAAGCACCGACCACACAAUGGGCAGCGGCCUGCUUGAUACGUAUAUCCGUUGAGCAAGCGUAUUCGGCCUUCCAAAAGGAAGCUCGCUCUUGGUGCAAUGGGCUUUUGACUGCUAUGAAGACACCGAACAGUACCUAUGUGGGGGAUAUCGUUCGCGCGGUCACCAAAUUGCUGGUGAAGUCGAAGGUCUUUCCCAGUCUACAGAGGGAUUUGAAUCAAAUGUAUCUAGCGAAAGUUAUUACUGGGAUAUGUGAUAUUAUAGCCCGCUCGACUCCUGUCGAGCCCAACAUCUUGGCUGAUCUGCAAAACAUCAUCACCACCUUUCCAAAUGGUGCCAAAGCCCACUCUGAAAGGAUUGAAGUCAUCUGCUUCGACAUCAUUAUGCGUCUUCAUGAGGAAAAACAGUCUGUUCGCGCCGCCACUGGUUGCAUAGUCGUGCUCGCUCAGUUGAAGAGAGAAAAAGGGGGCGACUACGGAGAAUCAAAAAUCAUCGACAGAGUAUGCGCAUCCGUGAAAGAACUGCUGGAUGAAAUCUUUUCUUCCAUAGAUGCAGAAACGACCACGCGCGAAGCAAGUAAUGGCCUGAUACUCCCUCCAGUCAGUGGUGGUUAUCAUAUUGAGCUUCCGGUGCGAAUCUCACAGCUCCAAGCGAUAGUUACAGUUCUAUCAACAAUCCUAAGCGUAACCACUCAGAGCUUUCGCGUAGAGAGUGUCGUGGCUUUGAUUCGUCGGAUGUAUGCCGGUGCGGGGAAGGCUCAGUGGUAUGAUCUUGGGAACGCGUUUGGGCCUAAGUAUCUCCGACUUCUUGUGCCGCUUGUAUGCAUAACCGCGAACCAGCUGUUGACCAUUCUACUAUCCCGCAAAGUUUGGACUGACGUCGAGUUUACAUGGACAAUAUGUGCCAAGGCUUUGGAACAUUCACGAUACCAUCAUACUCUACGACUGUCGGGUUACCAACUUAUCAGCAAAGCGAUUGCCACAUUUGGGUGCGAGAUCGUACGAAUAGGAAGCUCUACCCUAUCUAAAGCAGUAUUACACGACAUGAACGCCUAUACCAAGCCGGUAUCGGUGCGCGAUCCGUCAACAGCGCAGCAAUCAAAGAAAAGGAAGCUGGAUUCGGUGGACACAACUAAAAACCUAGAGGCUCCCGAUGACUGGGAUCUGAGAAUUGCGGCCCUUAAUGUCCUCGAACAUUUAAUACUCUUUGGACAAGCCGAGGCGAAUCAGAUCGAUAUUUCUCCACUGACACAUAGUCUGGUAUCCUGCGUAUUCGCAUCUGCAACAAGAAAUGCGCCAGAUGACGCCAAGCAUGGAUAUCAAUACCAGAUGCUCAAAUGUCUGCUGGCGGCAAUGCAAUCCUGUACUGGGAGGAAUGGCGAUGUCUUGGCACUUGGGAUUAAGGUCUUUGCCAGCUUUCUUUACCAUCCCGACGUCCGAGUGCGAGAGCUCUGCAAACGAGGUCUAAUUGUUUCAGACUUGAUUAUUCACCCCCGCUUGCCACGAUUUGAAUACACGACAACGGUGGAAAAGUAUGCAUCACCACUAGAGGACGAAUUCGAGCCUAUUGCUUCAACGUCCUCCAACGUAACUGGGAACCAACGAGAUGUGGCACCGGAUCGUCCUGUUACGAAUCCUGUUACGAAUCCUGGGGCGAUACCGACGUAUGACCAAGCUAUUCCAGCUAAACGACGGACUAGCGUCACCAAAGUUCAUGUUCAGCCGACAGUCGGAAAAGCUGUCGUACCAGACAUAGCCUUUAAGGUGGUAGAAACGCAGGAAGUUGAAAGUGUAACGGAAACGGCUAUUGUGAGAGAAACUCUUGUGCACUCUCGCGAAUAUCAACCAAAUGAAGUGUCCAUGGACUCCACAACAAUGUCUAAUAGUGAUACGCCACCCGUGGAAAAUGUCGGGCCAAAAGAAGGCCCAUCCGACGAUACUGCCGAUCCCAUGGACGCAGAUGACGAUGGCCUACCGGAAAUCAGCGUCAAUGAUGACGACGACGAAGACGAGCUACCAGAGAUAAAUAUAGACGAGGAAGAGGAGGAGGAAUCAGAAUAAUUUUUCACCAACGGGAUGGAUCUUCAGUCUGCUACUACAGUGCAAGACAUGUAAAUAAUUCAUAUUUAUAAUAUAUGGGUAACAGUUAAGGUGCAGACAAGA